AUGCUUCGUUGCAGCAAUGCCACUGCUUUUCGAACGCAGUUUACGAAAAAUAUGGCCCUGAGGGUGCCGAUUCCCCGAGCCCUGCCAUGGAUCGGAGCUCCACCAAGACUUCCCCCGUUUGCGCACGGUGCGGUGAGACAAUUUGGUACGGAGAAGAGGGAGAGGAGGACAGGAAAAGGAAAUCGGAUAUUUUCCGCAAAGAGUGAUCUUCAAGAACCGUCCCAGCCCAUUACGACCCCGUUCGCACCCGCGAAACGGACAGAUCGGAGAGAUCCUCGGCUUGGACUGACGAAGGAAGAUGGCCUGGUGUUAAUUGCGACCAACAAGGGCCCGAACGUCUCGAAGAAGGCGGUCCGAAUGGAGUUGGUAUGGUUGAAAGAUCGGGCUAUGCUCCUAGAGCAGACGCGGCGGAUGCUGAAACGCGAUAAUGUUGCGAUGGCGGCGGCGCUGGUUCGGGAGGCGCAACGUACCGGAUAUGACACUGCGGCGUCUUGGAAUGCUCUUCUGGAGUAUUGCAUGGAGAAGAAGAACCCGCGCGCUGCGUUCAAAUUCUGGAAUGAUAUGAAGAAACGUGGUUGCAUGCCUAACGAACACGCAUACACAACUAUGCUGCAUGGAUUGAGUAAGAUGGACAAAGCUGCCUCCUACGACGUUGUGCCGACGGCUCGUGUGGUUUACGAGUCUCUGCACGCUCCCAAUAGCCUGGUCAAACCGAGUCUCAUCCACACAAAUGCGAUGUUGGCUGUGUGUGCACAGCACAAUGCUAUGGAUGUGCUCUGGGAGAUCGCUGGCGCCUUGCCCGAAGAAGGACCUCAUUCGCCGGACUCGUUUACCUAUACAAUUAUCCUGGGUGGUAUUAGGGGCUCCAUUCAGAAGGACGUGGAGAAGUUCCAAGACUUCGAGGCCGACAAGGUCCGACUCAGAAGGUUUGAGGGCGUCGUAGAGGGCAAACGGGUAUGGGCAGAUAUUUUGUAUCGAUGGAAAAAUGGGCAGAUUGCCUUGUCGAAUCAGCUUGUUUCCUCCAUGGCAGGUCUUCUCUGGGAAGGCACUGGUGAUUGGCAUUUAUACGAGGUGCUUCAGCUCUACCAUCAGACUACAGGACUCCCCAUUCUCGCUAAACAACCGCGUCGCGAUUUGUCGGCGGUGUCGAACAGAGCGCUUUCGCGAAUCGGCAGCGACUUUACGUAUGAGGCACAGGUGAAAGCCGGAAAUGCUCCCGCACCAGAGGAUGUUGUGCCGUUUGUGGAUGAAAAGGGCAAAAAGUUUACUCCUACAGACACCAAAACGGAAGAACGCGAUGUGCCUGUACAGCCGAAGCAAGAAGAGGAAAAUGAGGAAAAUUUCGACCACCUUUUCGACCCUGUUCUCCCAGAGGAUGCACAGCCUUAUACAGGUUCUUUUGUGGGCUCACCAGACGGCCCGACUUAUAUCCCUCUGGGCAACCGGGAGCUCUCUGUUAUCUUGGAGACAUGCUUACAGAUGACCAACGCCGCUGGGCCUGGAAAGGCCUACUGGACGCAUCUUACAAUCGAAGACCACGGAUAUUCUUUUCCCCCAGAUCAUCGCUCGUAUGUGGCGUAUCUACGUAUUCUCCGUGUUGCUCGUUCUAGUCGUCUUACGGCUGAACUCUUACGGAACCAGAUGCUCCCAGCAGGCUUCGAGCAAGGGUUACCUUUCCAUAUCGCGCUGAGCACCUGCAGGCGUGACCGAUUGAACCCGAACGUUCUGAAGAACGCCAAUUCAAUGUUGGAGAUGAUGAACGAGGGCCUUUUAAUACCGGAUUACCGAGCAAUAGGUAGCUACCUUGACCUCAUCAAGAUGCUACAUGACAAUCCCCAAGACCUCGUGUCUCUGAACGGCCUUGAUGUGGAUAAACAGACCACGUCCACUAAGCUGGAGACUAUGGGCCGAACACUAACGCUGAACCUCCUCCAGGUGGCCGUGAAAAAUCUCCAACCACUGGUCGCUAAACUCAGCGAAGCCAUGACUGAGAGCUUGGAACGCGCUCCUGAUUUGACUGGGCGUAGUGGCAUCGAGCCUCAAUUCGUCAAAAAGCAAGCUCAAUCUGGCGCCCAGGUUCUUGUGGUGCUGACGCGGGUGCGGUUGUUGAUUGACUCAAUCUUGAAGCGCGAGAAUGAGGACCUAGUUUCCAAGAAAGCCCGCAAGGAGCUCGAAGAGGAAUCCCUGGCCUUGCGCAAGUAUUCAGACGUCGAUGUCAUCAAGAGCGCCAAGGCCAAGGCUAUAUUCCCGACUGCUCAGCAACAGACCGACUUUUUCGAUACCCGCAAGCCUAUACCGAUUAAUGACACGCCUGUGGUGCGUCAUGAUAUACCUGUGGAUCCAUGA